UUUUUAGAUUUUUUCUUCCCGAAAACACACUGGCAACAAAAUCAUAUCAUAGCACUUCACUACUCUAUAGCUCCAACCGCCCAGUACUUAUCUUUACACACAUAAGCUCUAUAAUUCAGCCACCGCACCAUGGUCCGCCACCGCUUUCUCCUCGUAAUCUACCCGGCACAAGGCCACAUAAACCCGGCACUCGAAUUCGCCAAGCGACUCAUCUCUUUAGACUCACACGUCACCCUCGCUAUCACCAUCUACCUGCACAGCCGCAUGGUCAAUAAACCCUCCAUCCCCGGCCUAUCCAUCGUAACCUUCUCCGACGGUCACGACACCGGUUUCAACGCCAUAGCCGGCGGAGACGAAGACUACAAGCUCUACGCUUCCGAGUUGAAGCGCCGCGGCUCAGAUUUCGUGGCAGACCUCAUAAGCUCUAGUGCAAAACAAGGUCACCCUUUCACCUGCGUAACCUACACCUUGCUCGUUCAAUGGGCACAAGAGGUGGCGCGUGGCUUUCACCUCCCUUCGGCGCUUUUGUGGAUCGAGCCAGCCACGGUUUUCGCAAUCUUAUAUCACUACUUCCAUGGAUACGAUAACUACAUCAAUGAGAAAAGCAAGGAAGAAAAGGCAUCUUCAUCGUAUUCCAUAGCACUGCCUGGUUUGCCGUUGUUGUUUUCGGCGCGUGAAGUACCCAGUUUCUUGCUGGUAGGAAGACCAAGUUUCUUGUCUUUUCUUCUUGAAUCGUUUGAAGAGCAGUUUCAGGAGCUUGACAAAGAGACCAACCCUACAGUUCUCGUGAACACCUUUGAAGCUCUUGAAGCAGAGGCCCUGAAAGCCAUUGAUAGAGUCAACAUGAUCCCCAUCGGGCCGUUGAUUCCGUCGGCGUUCCUGGACGGGAAAAACCCCAACGAUACUUCAUUCGGAGGUGACCUAAUUCAAGACUCAAAUGAUGGCUACAUUCAAUGGUUGAACUCGAAGGCAGAGAUGUCAGUGGUUUAUGUCUCAUUCGGUAGCUACUUUCCGCUAUCUAAGAGACAGAAAGAGGAAAUAGCACGUGCGUUAUUGGAUUGUAGACUUCCAUUCCUGUGGGUGAUUAGAGACGAGGAAGAGUUGAGUUGCAUGGAGGAACUGAGAAAGAAGGGGAAGAUAGUGAAGUGGUGUUCACAGGUACAAGUGUUGUCCCACGCUUCGGUGGGUUGUUUCGUGACACACUGUGGUUGGAACUCCACCAUGGAAAGCCUAGUGUGUGGGGUUCCGGUGGUGGCGUUUCCUCAGUGGUCGGAUCAAAAGACGAAUGCGAAGUUAAUUGAACAAGUGUGGAAGAUUGGUGUGAGGGUGGUGGAGGAUGAGGAAGAAGGGAUAGUGACGGGUGGUGAAAUAAGGAGGUGUGUGGAGAUGGUGAUGGAGAGUAAUGGAGAGAAAGCGAAGGAAGUGAGAAGGAAUGGAGAGAAAUGGAAGAUUGUGGCCAAGGAUGCUUCCAAGGAAGGGGGUCCAUCCGACACCAACUUAAAGGCUUUCCUCAACGCUACGCUUUUAUCAACAAUGAAUGAUUGACCACGACCGUUGCAAAACAAAAUGAUAAUUCAUAUAUAAAGAACACGAAUCUCUCAUCUCACCCAUAAUUGUGUAUUCUGAUUAGAUCUCAUAAGAAGAAAGAUGCACCUCUAAAUUAUAUCCGAUAAAGUUAUUAUCAACCAAUAUAGCCAAAGAACCGAACCACUUUUGUGUGUGUGUAAUUGUUAAAGGUUUGGACUAGUCACAAUUAUUUGUGAUCAUGGUGAUAAUACUUGUUUAUUUGAAAUUAUGG